AUGGCUUCGUCCUCUUCGUCUCCUAUUUGGAAGUACGAUGUGUUCCUGAGUUUCCGGGGAGAAGACACCCGCAAGAAUAUCGUCAGCCAUUUGCACAAAGAGCUUGUCAACAGGGGAAUUGUUACCUUCAAGGAUGAUCAAAGGCUUGAGGUCGGCGACUCCAUUUCCGAAGAGCUAACCAGAGCCAUCCAAGACUCCAGAAUCGCUGUUGUUAUUCUAUCACAGAACUAUGCUACAUCUAGCUGGUGCCUGGACGAACUCGUAAUGAUAAUGAAUCUUCGCUUGAAGAAAGAGAUGAAAGUCGUCCCCGUUUUCUAUGGAGUUGAUCCUUCUCAUGUGAGACAUCAGACUGGGAGUUUCACGUUCGACAAGUACCAAGGCUCAGAAAUCGCUAACAAGGUCGUGAAAUGGAGAGAAGCGCUCUCGCGGAUCGCCAGCAUAGCAGGCAAGGAUUCUGCAACUUGUGAGAACGAGGCCAUCAUGAUUGAAGAGAUUGUGGAAGGCAUUUCAAACAAGUUGUUUGUUAUGCAGCCAGUAGAUUUCAGUGAUCUUGUUGGAAUGGACGAUCACAUGGAACGACUGAAUCCUCUGUUGAGUUUGGAAUCUGAGAAAGAGGUUCGGAUGAUAGGAAUCUGGGGAAUGGGAGGCAUUGGCAAAACCACCAUCGCCAGGUGUCUCUUUGACCUGUUUUCAAGGCCAUUUACAGCUCGUUGCUUUCUUGAAAACGUUUCGAAGAUUUGUAGAAAGCAUAGUGUCUCGUAUUUACGGGAAAAGUUUCUUUCGACCACACUUUGUCUCUCCAAGAACUCGGGCGUAGAACUUGGACCCCAGGAGAUUAAGGCGAGAUUUGGAAACCGCAAAGUCUUUGUUGUCCUUGAUAAUGUGGAUGACAUGAAACAGGUGCGUGCCCUGGCUAAAGAGUCUAGCUGGUUUGGUCCAGGCAGCCGAAUCAUCAUAACAACUCGGGACAAGGGCUUGCUUAAAUCAUGCGGAGUAAGAACUGUAUAUGAAGUUAAGUGCUUGGAUACUGAUGCUGCUCUUAAGAUAUUUAACCAGUUGGCUUUCGAAGGAGGGUUUCCUCCUGAUGAAAUUUAUGAAAAACUGUCAAUCCGAGCGGCGUGGCUUGCACAAGGUCUUCCGGCCGCUAUUGAAGCUUACGGUUUAUAUUUCCGAGGAAUGACAUCUUUGAAGGAGUGGGACGAUGCGUUAUGUAGAUUUAUGAGGACUCCUGAUGGAAAUGUCAUGGAGAUCUUAAAAAUUAGCUACAAUGGCUUAGAGGAAGCAGAUAAAAUUGUUUUUCUUCAUGUAGCGUGCCUCUUUAAUGGAGAACCUCUCCAGCGUGCCACUACUCUUCUCGAUGAUGGUGAGCUACAAGGUUGUCUGGGAGUAAAAAUAUUGGCUGAGAGGUCUCUCAUUGAAAUAACAGCUGAUGGGUAUAUAAAGAUGCAUUCUUUGGUAGACCAAACUGCAAAGGCAAUUGUGAAUCAAGAAUCCGUGCAGAGGGCUGGAAGACGAAGAGUUUUGUGGGAUCCUUAUGCAAUUUAUAAAGUGCUUGAACGUAAAGCGACAAACGAACCAACGGAAUGCAUGGCGCUACACAUGUGUGAUAUGGUUUUUCCGUUGCUUCUGGGUGGCUAUCCAAAAUACCAAAACGAUUCUCUCAAAUUCCUCAAGGUUUACAAGCACUCGGACCAUAUAAAGACCAAACUGCAUUGCAGUAGUGACGAUACAUAUCUACUUUCAUCGAGGCUAAGGUUACUACAUUGGGACACAUUUCCCCUGACAACCUUCCCUAGCCGAUUCUGUCCACUAGAUCUUGUUGAAGUCAGUUUACGUCGCAGCAAUCUGACGAGCUUCUGGAAAGAAACCGAGGCGAUACCAAACUUGAGAAGAUUGGACUUAUCAGGCUCUGAAAAUCUGGAGCAACUUCCAGAUCUUUCAAUGGCCGUUAAUUUGGAGGAAUUAAUAACUCAAGGCUGCAAAAGGCUGAAGAAAAUUCCAGAAUCCAUCAGUGAUCUUACUAGGUUGACGAAGCUUGAUGUCUCAUACUGUGAUGAGCUUAAUAGUUACGACACCACUAUAAGGGAGCUGACUGGGGGCCGCCGUCAGAUUGCUUUGUAUUUCUCGGGUAAAGAAGUGGAAGUGGAAGUAGAAGUGGAAUACAUUGAAAAUAUAUCCGUUGGAGGAAACAUUCAUAUCCAGAUGCUGUGUCUUGAUGGCAACGCAGAUCACCUCUGUUUUAGUACUGAUCAACAAGCACCUGAUGAAUUGACAAAGAUGGAGAAGCAGCAAGCACCUCAUAACAAACCGAUGCUCCCUGGUCUUGGAUUGACUAUGUCAGAGUUCCAUGGUGAUGAAUGGGUGAUGCAGAGGGACCAGCAAGUACCUCAUGGUCAUGCCGUGCCAGAGUUUCAUGGAUUUAAUUCAGUCGACAUUAUCAGGUUCAACUACAAGAGUGAUGGUGCAAGUUUCCUCUGUGACAGCCUUUCCAUGUUCCGCUGUUUGAGAGAGUUAAAUCUAAUCAACUUAAACAUCCAAGUGAUCCCAGAUGACGUAUCUGCAUUGCAACUACUAGAGAAACUGGACUGGAGCGGCAAUGAUUUCGAGACUUUACCAGAAACCAUGACUCAACUUCCCAAGUUGAAAUACGUCAGCCUCUGUAACUGCAGUAGACUUGAAGCAUUGCCAGAACUAGUUCAGUUGGAGACAGUCAAACUCUCCGGCUGUAUGAAACUCCAAUCAUUGUUGGAACUUUCUCAUGCUGAACAAGAUGGCAGAUUCCGAUGGCUCGAGCUUUGGGUUGACGGCUGCAAGAACAUUCAGUCCAUUUCAGUCCAGCUUGGACAUUUUAUCAAGCUAUCAUAUAUAGAUCUUAGCAGCAAUGACUUGGAGACAUUGCCAUCAAGCAUCGGAGACCUUUCAUCUUUGAGAACUGUCUGCCUUAAUAAGUGCAAGAAACUCAAAUCGAUAGAAGGAAUCCCAUUGCGCCUCAAGUAUCUCUAUGCACAUGGCUGUGAAUCCCUGGAAACUGUUUCCCUUCCUUUGAACCAUUCUAUAAAACACCUUGAUCUUAGCCACUGCUUCUUCUUAAAACAGGAUGAAGGUCCACUGCAUCUGGUCACCCAGUUUCUUAAGGAGGGACAAGACGAAGAGGACUCACCGAGAUUCGCUUGCUUUCCUGGAACCGAGGUGCCCAGUUACUUUGAUAAAAUAAGGACAGGAAAGUCAUAUACAGUUGGCUUACCAUGGCCAUCCCCGAAACUGCUGGGGUUUGAUGGAUGUAUCAUGGUUGCAUGCGAGAGGCCCUUUCAUAUACAAUUCUCGCCACUUUCUUAUGACUAUAAUUGGGAUUAUGAAAGGUACUUUUAUUUGUACCUUCAUCCAGAUUUCUUUCAGUACCACAAGUACAGUAGUACUGGAGAAAAGGAAGAAGAAGAAGCUGUUACAUCAGAUCACCUGGUUAUCAUCCGCGGGAUAAAGAACUUUAGCAAAUCAGUCAACAAGCUUGGCAUCGAAUCUGAUCUGCAACUCUCAAAGGAGUUUGAGUCUCCCUCCGCGGAGAUAAAAUCAUGUGGAUUUAGCUUGAUUUGGGAAGAUGACGUAACAGACAAGAUUAAAACCCCAUAA